AGUAUGUUUUGGUGUUCUCUUUAAUUUAUGUUAUUUUGCUAUUUUAUUUUAUUUGAUAACACAACAAAAAAUUAAAAAAUGAAAAUGGUGGUGAAAUGCCAUUCAUGGCAUUGAGCGUAUUUUUGUCUAGAAAAAGUUCAAAACAGUGAAAACGUAGCGUAAACGAUAUUAAUCGAAGUUAAUGGACCUCGAAAGCCAAAAUUAAUAUUCUCUAUAGGUCACUAGAUUAUAUAGGUUCCCACUAUACUUAUGAGUCUUUGCGAGCUAUGCCUAAUCUCUUGAAUGUAGUCAGCUAUGCAAUGCCUCACCCAUUUCCUUUAACUACAUGUGUUGAUCCACAUAGCAAAAAAACAAAAUAUCAUCGAUCAAUGGCGGAGGCAGCAGCUAGGUAUGCAUUAGUUACCGGUGGGAACAAAGGAAUCGGAUUGGAGAUCUGUAAGCAGUUAGCUUCCAAAGGAAUUGUGGUGAUUUUAACAUCAAGGGAUGAGAAGAGAGGCCUUGAAGCACUGCAAUCCCUCAAGGACUCUGGCCUCUCUCAUCGUGUGGAUUUUCAUCAACUCAAUGUUGUCGAUUCUGCAAGCAUCGCUGCUGCUGCUCAAUUCCUCACCACAAAAUAUGGGAGGCUUGACAUUCUGGUGAACAAUGCAGGCAUACUAGGAGCAGGACUGGAUAAUGUUUCAAAUGUUCAACUUCAAGAGGUGGUAGAAGCAACUGCUGCUGCACUCUUUGCUAACUCAAAGGCUGAGACGUCGAUGAAAGCAAGUGGAACCAUGAUCCAGACAUACGAGGCUGCAGAAGAGUGCGUGCAGACAAACUUCUACGGUGUAAAGAGAGUGACAGAAGCCUUCAUUCCUCUCCUCCAACUAUCUGCUUCACCAACUAUUGUCAAUGUCUCCUCCAUAGGUGGCCACCUUCACCUCUUGCGGAAUGAGCGCGCAAAAGUUGUGUUGAGUAACGAGGUGGGCCUGACAGAGGAGAGCGUAGAUGGGGUGGUGCAAGAAUUCCUCAUUGAUUUCAAAGAGGGGAGAUUGGAGAAGAACAAGUGGCUGAGUCAUGGUGUGGCCUAUCAAGUCUCUAAGGCAGCUUUGAAUGCAUACACAAAAGUGUUGGCUAAGAGGCACACUGAUUUUAUCAUCAACAGCCUCUGCCCUGGCUUUGCAAGAACGGAUUUAACUGGCAAUCUCGGUGCCAUCAGCGCCGAGGAGGCUGCUCAGAGGGUGGUCGGGGUGGCGCUGUUGCCUCGCGGAGGGCCGUCGGGCGCCUUCUUUUACGACAAGGAUGUGUAUGGUGCUGCUACUUGAUGGAUAGUGUCUGUGUGUGGAAGAUUAAAAUUUUCAAAAAUAAAAUUAUAAAGAUUAAAAAUAAAGUCAGGAAAAUAAUAAAAUAGCUAUUUUACCCUUUAAACUAUAAACUAUGUCACAUGGUCAAAUUACGAUCAUAAAUCAUGGUGUAUCAAUGUCUUUAAAUCCUUAGUUCAUUUCGCAAAUUCAAUGCGAAUAUCAAGUCAUUGUCGCACAAUUGACGAU